GGGCAGUCAUGUCAGUGGAGGAGGAGCGAAGGAAGGGAAGUGUGGGGGUAGCACGUUCUGAAAGAAAUACCGAGAUAGAAAACCCGAAUAGGCGCAUUGAAAGCAGUACUUUCUAUCUGAAUGUUUUAAACGGAUCCACCGAGAAGUCGUUAAGCUCACAGCUUUAAGCUGCCCUGGAGAUGGGGGACAAGGCGGGGACCAGGGUAUUCAAGAAGUCAAGCCCCAACUGUAAGGUCACAGUGUACCUGGGUAAAAGAGAUUUUGUGGACCAUUUGGACCAGGUGGACCCAGUAGACGGAGUAAUCCUGGUUGACCCAGAAUACCUGAAAGACAGAAAAGUGUUUGUGACCCUCACCUGUGCUUUUCGGUAUGGCCGCGAGGACCUGGACGUCCUUGGCCUGUCUUUCCGGAAGGAUCUGUACAUUUCCACUUUUCAGGCGUUCCCACCAAUCCCGGACGAGCGCAAGCCCAACAGUCGCCUGCAGGAGAGGCUGCUUAGGAAAUUAGGCCAGCAUGCACAUCCCUUUCAUUUCACUAUCCCUCAAAACCUCCCCUGCUCUGUCACUUUGCAACCAGGACCCGAGGACACUGGAAAAGCCUGUGGAGUUGACUUUGAGAUAAGAGCAUUCUGUGCCAAAUCAGUCGAAGAGAAGAUACACAAAAGGAAUUCUGUGAGGUUAGUGAUACGUAAAGUGCAGUAUGCGCCCGAGAAGCCGGGACCCCAGCCCAUGGUGGAGACGACUCGCAGCUUCCUGAUGUCCGAUCGCUCGCUUCACCUGGAGGCCUCUCUAGAUAAAGAGCUAUACUACCACGGAGAGCCCAUCAGCGUGAAUGUCCACGUCACCAACAACUCCACUAAGACAGUCAAAAGAGUCAAAAUCUCCGUUCGUCAGUAUGCUGACAUAUGCCUGUUCAGCACUGCACAGUAUAAGUGUCCAGUAGCCCAGCUGGAGGCGGACGACCAGGUGUCGUCCAGCUCAACGUUUUGUAAGGUGUACACACUGACGCCCACACUGAACAACAACCGCGAGAAGCGGGGCCUGGCCCUGGACGGCAAGCUGAAGCACGAGGACACUAACCUGGCCUCCAGCACCAUUGCGAAGGACGUCAGCAACAAGGAAGUGCUGGGCAUCCUGGUGUCCUAUCGGGUGAAGGUCAAGCUGGUGGUUUCGCGCGGAGGGCUCUUAAGCGGAUUGUUGGAGAGGGACGUGUCGGUGGAGCUGCCCUUUGUCUUGAUGCACCCCAAACCCACAGACCUCCCAGUGUCUCGGCCACCAUCAGCUGUCCCUGAGAUGGAUCCUCCUAUUGACACAAACCUAAUUGAGUUUGACACAAACAGCUUCUCUCAAGAUGACGACUUUGUGUUUGAAGACUUUGCCCGUUUAAGGCUUAAAGGAGUGAUCAAUGAGAAGGAUGAAGACUGCUAAAGAUAUUUCUUUUUUUCUCUCUUUCUGUAACAUCCCCUCCUCCUCUCCUUUCGCCUUCUUUCUCUCCCACACACAAUCUAUAUAUCAUUCGUGUAUACUGAACAGAGAAAACGGUCUGCCUGAGACUGACACUGAAAACCCUGUCCUCCAUCUCUUUGACGCAUUUAUCCCCUGCUUAGGAGUUUUAUUGAAACAAGGCAGCUUUAUCAUUUACAGGGACCCACCACAGUUACUGUAAUUAGAGAAAGAGUUGAGCGAGAGGGAGAGAGAGAGAGAGAGAGAGAGAGAGAGAGAGAGAGUGAGAGAUCAAAACAGGUGCUGGUGAGUUUUCACAUGAAGCGAGGCAUCUGUUUUUGACCAUGAUGGACUCUGCGAAGAAACAAACCAUUACAAAUGACCCUCUUCUGCUUUUCUGCAAGUUUUUUAAAUUCAGUUGUUCGUCAAAUAGCUUAACUUCUCUGUGACGGGGGGAUUAAAAAAUAACAAUCGCAAAGGACAUCAGGAUCAGCAUCAUCUCAGCUCCCGUAUGCAGUCUUACUUAGAAUGUGAAGAUACCCGUGGAAUCGUGGAUUAUGAUGCCCUGUCAUUUUACAUAUAUGAAAAUCCUAUUUAAUAAGUGUCAUUUGCAUUGUGAGAUCAUGAUCUAGAUUUGAAGUGAAGUUGAAAUUAAAAUGAUGGCGUGAAAAGGGUGACAAAAGAACACCUUUUUCACAUGUCUGGGGAGUUGUCAACUGAUAGCUUGCCCUAAUGAGCUGCACGGCACAAGUGGAAAUUGUUAUAGUGUUCGCUUUUGCAUGAAGCUUUGACAGGUGUUAACUUGCGAGAACACCAAAUUCAGAGCAGUCUGUGCUUUCACUCCCGAGGGGUGGGGUGGGUGGGUGGGGGGGGGGGAAUCAUGUCAAGAAUGGAGCAUUCUGUGUUGCUGUGAAGGAUCUUUUCGUGUGUGUGUGUGUGUGCGUGCGUGCGUGCGUGCGUGCGUGCGUGUGGAUGUGAAUGUCCUGCAAUCCUGUACAAAUGAAUGAGACUGCUGCUUUUCUGUUCUGUUGGACACCAUUGACAAAACAGAACAACGGGUUAAGAUGAAACAAGCUGUUGAUAAUAAUUAUUGUUAUGUUCAUUUUCAUCA